CAGAUCGAACUGCUUCCCUUCUCGUUUUUACUAGGUGAUUCAUGGCUGCCUAGCCAAAUUACCAGAAUACCCCCUCACACUGAUUUCGUCAUAAUCGGCGGCUCAGAUCUUGGUUAUGAACGUGCUUUACCAUUCUGGAAAGUAGAGAUUAAGACCUUUCCAACGCGUAUAAGCUCAUUUCUAGAAGUUACCUGAGCAGCACGCAAUGAUUCGUUGAGGUCGUCAGACUUAAUCUCUAAUUAGUUCUCUCCAGAUUUGCACGAUUUCCAUCAGUGGUAUCAGAGCCACGGUUAGAGGACGUUCUUUCCUCCAUUGGAAGAGAUCUAGAGAGGCUUGAAGUGCUCCAGAUCUAGGGUUUGACAUGGCCCAAAAGUUGGAUGGCCCUCCUAGGUUUACCGGCUCGGACUUUUCGCUAUGGAGGUUCCAGUUCACACUAUGGCUAGGUAUUAAGGACCUAGAAAGUGUGUUGGAUGGAUCGGAGAAGCGACCACGAGCUGACUCUGGGGAGGCGUCUACUGGAGCAACCAGCCAAGUGGGAUCCGGGGCUGGGGGAGCAUCGUUGAGUGGGGGGAAUGAAGGAGGAACCGCUGCAACUCGAACCGGAAGGUCGCAACCAAGUCGCGAGGAGUCGCUCAAAGCUCAAGAAGCAUGGGAUCGGAAGGAUCGCCAGGCAUUUCAGUACCUGUGUUGGGCUUUGGAGGGGCAACUUGAGCUUCUUAAGAUGCUGAUUGACCUGAAGGGGAAGGAAGGUGCAGCAGCUGCAGCUUGGAAAAGAGUGCAAGAUAGGCACUUGCAGAAAGGGCUUCUAAGCGUGCUUACUUGGCGGAAGCGGUUUUACACCAUGGAGCGGAACUAUGGGGAGGGGGAGACCAUGGUUCAGUAUCUCCAGAGGGUGGAUGAGAAUGUGAGGGCUUUGGAGGAGCUGGAUUACACGGUAGAUGAGAAGGAGAUCAUCUAUACUGCACUCCAAGGGUUGGAUCAAGCGGCUAAUGAGGCAUUACUACAGUACCUUCACCUCGAGCAACAGAAAUGGACCAAGGUGUGGAUUUGGGAGGUUCUAAUUUCUGAUGAGGCUCGCAAGGUUGAUGCUGGAAGAGGCCUAGAAGGAGGCAUGGGUGCAGCAGAUAAAGCUUCCUUCAGGAAAGGCUAUCAACAGCAAGGAGGUGGGGGGAAGAAGAAAGAGUUGGACAAAUGCCUUGUGCCCGGAUGCAACAAAAAACACUCUUGGAAGAGUUGCUGGAGUAGGCCUGAGGGAUGGAAGCCUCACGGCUACUCUGGAGAGGCCCCACCAGUGACCAAACCUGAUUGGGUGGAGAAAAGGAUGAAGAAGGGGCUCUGGAAUAAGAAGGGCAGCAAGGGAGCAACGGCCGCAGCUGCUAAGGAUGAGAAGGGGAAGGGCCAAGACGACUCCUCCGAUGAUGGUUUCUCGUUUCUCAUGCUAGGGCAGGAUGCAGCUCUCGCUGGUCGUGCAUUGGCUGAUCCCAACUUCCUGGUUCUAGACUCUGGAGCAACAUCUGGGAUGCUUCCUCGCCGUGAUCUCUUCACCUCCUACCAUCCUCUCCCACCAAAUUCGAGGAACGUGAUUGUUGGGAGCGGAGAUUUGCUGCAAGCAAUUGGCAUCGGUACGAUCACCAUUAAGGGGAAGGAGGGGGAGCUAGUGGGUGUGAAGGGGGUCCUUCACAUCCCUGGUUUGGCUGCAAACCUUCUUUCAUGCUCGCAGCUGGCUAAACAGGGAUACAUCUGCACUUUCACGGAGGGAGGGUGUACUGUUAGAAAGGGUGAAGCUGUGGUGAUGGAGGCAAAGCUGGACAAGGGUUUAUACCUUGUUCCAGCUUGUGUGCCUAAUUGUUACAAGGCAAAUAUGGUUUUUUCUGAGGAAGCCGCUUGUAGCACUCGCUGGAGGCAGGUGGAAACGGUGUCACCUGAGUUGCUACACCUUCGCAUGGGGCACGCGGGGAAGCAGCAACUGCUGGAGUGUGUGAAGAAGGGGGAGCUGAAGGGGGUGGAGGUCAAGGAAGGAGCUGGGCAGCAGAGCAAAUGUCCCGACUGCACGUCUGGAAAGCUGCCUAGAACCUCAUUCCCUAUCUCUUCUGAUCAUGCCUCGACUCCCCUUGAGCUGGUGCACACGGAUGUGUGUGGACCGAUGCAAACUCCUGACCGGGAAAGGGGCAGCAGGUACUUUGUCACCUUUCUUGAUGACUUCAGUCGACUUAGCUGGGUCACCUUGGUGAAGACCAAGGAUGAGGUGGCAAAGGUGUUUAAGCGGUGGAUACGCUAUGUGGAGAGGGAAUCAGGGGCCAAGGUAAAGGUGUUAAGGUCAGAUCGGGGUGGAGAGUACCUUGGGAAAGAACUUCAAACCUUCUUGGAAGAAAAGGGUAUUACCCACCAGCUCUCUGUACCUUACACGCCGCAGCAAAAUGGGGCAGCGAAGCGGCUUAACAGGACCUUGACCGAUUUGGCUCGGCCCAUCCUUUCCCAUGCCGAGCUUGAUAACACUUGGUGGGGGGCAGCAGUGCAGUAUGCCAACUGGGUGAAGAACAGGAUGGGCAGCAAGGGGCUUGGAGGCAAGAGCCCAUACUCCUUAUGGACAGGGAAGGUGCCGAAUGUUUCCAUGGCACGAGUGUGGGGGUGCAUGGCACAGUAUAAGGUACCUGACCAGCAAAGAAGGAAGCUAGAUCCUAAGGCACAGUGGGGGAUCUUCCUUGGGGUUUCUGAGAGGAGCAAGGCUUGGGUGCUGUGGAGUGUAGCUGACCAGCGUGUGAUGGAGAGCCGUGAUGUGGUUUUCCAUGAGGGGCUGAAUUUUAAGGGGUGGAAGGAGCAUGGUACAAGCCAAAGUGGGACUUCCAUUCAAGACCCUCAUACGGCUUCUAUCUUUGAGGGGGCAUGGGAGGACCCUGGAGGGGAGGAGCAGCAGGAGGAGCCAGAACCAGCUGAUCCUAACCAUGAGGAGUCCCGAGAGACAGAUUCUACCCCUCAGCCAGCCACGCAGGCCGAUGCGCGUGAUGAUCAGCCGGAGCAGCAUGUGCCUUCAACUCCAUCGAGAAGCAGUUGGCAGCAGUUGUUGGACCAGCAGCUGUCCAAGACUCCGAGGACUCCAAUGAAGAGGGUGACUUGGGAGGAGAAGCUGCGGAGGCUGGAAGAAGGAGAGGCAACACCUCUGCGACGCAGUGCUCGAAUUUCCCAGCCACCUGAAAGGUUUACCCCGGGGCACAUUGCACGCAUGCAUGAUCAUCUUGUGUCUGAUUUGGAUGAUUGCAUGCUUGUGGACAUGCAUGGGCAUGAGUAUGCUCUUGAUGUGUGUCUAAUGGGUCAGGUGCAUGAGCCUAGGUCAGUCCACGAGGCGCUGAACCGUCCAGAAUGGGUUGAGUCCAUGCAUGAGGAGCUUGAGUCUCACAAGGUAAAUGGAUCAUUUGAGCUGGUUGAUCCAGCAGUGGUACCACCUGGUUUGGAGGUCCUCAGGUGUCAAUGGGUUUGGAAAUACAAGCAUAACCCUGAUGGUACUGUUGAGAGGCCUAAGUCCAGAUUGGUGGUGAUGGGAAACACGCAGAAAUUGGGAGUACACUAUGAAGAAGUGUACUCUCCAGUUGGGAAGCAUGCGACCUUGAGAGGUAUGCUUGGAAUUUCAGCUGCUUUGGGGCUUGAUAUCCAUCAUAUGGAUGUCAAGACAGCCUUCCUCCAUGGGGAUUUGGAGGAAGAGCUUUACAUGCGGCAGCCCCCUGUGUCAGUGCAUUCAGGAGGGUGUCUGGCUGAGGCGUUUGUUUGGGGAGUUUGGUCAUGAUCAUGCUGGUGGUGUGCCUGUGUUUGUGGAUAAUCAGUCUGCCAUUGCCCUUGCACAGAAUGCAUGCUUGCAUGGCCGCACCAAACACAUGCAGGUCCGGUGGCAUUUCAUUCGGGAGAUGGUAGCUGCGGGUGAGGUGAUUUUGCAGUGGUGCCCUACCAACCGUCAGGCUGCUGAUAUUCUUACCAAGUCUCUUCCAUUUGAGCGCCAUGGUGUGUGCAUGACCUUGCUCGGGAUGCAGCCCCAUGAUGACAGGGUUCCCGCAGCAGAUGCCGGCGUCUUGGUGCUCCUCUCCUUGGCGGACUCCAUGCUCUGGGUGGCCCCAACCCAUGAGCAAGGGGGAGUGGUGUGAAGUCUUUUGCCCUAUGGUGUUGAGCCACACCCAGCACGAGCAAGGGGGAGUGAUAAAUGUGUAGUAUUCUGUGGUGUAGUUUGCUCUAGCUGGUUGUGGGCUAUUGGGUUUUGGGCAAAAGGACUUGGGUUGGUUGGCAAGGUUUGAACUCGUUACCUUUCCAACCCAUACAACCUCAAAUCCACUACAACAUCUUUGAUGUUGCAGUUAUGGCACUUGAGAGUGUUGGGGUUUGGUCUAGGGCAAGGGUUGGUGGUGUUUGACAAUCACAUACUGCAACUUUUCC